AUGUUGAACCCGCUGAUCCUCGCGGCGGCCAUCGCAGUCACAUUCCCAACCAGGCUGGCGCUGGUAGUUGCAGGCCACUAUAUCCUCCCCGUCGACAACCUCCCGGCCAUCAAGAUGUUCUUGUCCGGAUACUCGGUUUAUUCCCAGACCAUGAGAUUCAGUAUUCCCUUUCCGGAUAGUCCGUGGGGCGCGAACAGCUCGGAGUACUUGCAACUCGAGCUCGGAGUCGGGACAUGCGAAACCUGCUUCGACGUCGUCUUUGAAGGCCCAGGACAAAACCCAGAGCCUCGUCCCAAACACUGGUACCACCCCUAUACACAGGACUCUUCGGGCGCCAUCCACGUGGCCGAGAUCACCAUCAGCGGCGAAUUCCCCGAAGACGAUGACACCACGAGGACUGAGCCCCCUAAUACAGGGAAUCUCCACUUUUCCAUCACGUCUGUGGACUCCCGGCCCGUGGACACGCCUCUUGUAUUCUCGGUGAUCUGGAACCUCGAUAAACCGUCGCAGAGACUUGGGGGACUGGUGUACAAGCCAGCCCGGCAGGUCAUCGAGUUUGCCGAGCAUGACGAGUUUCCAGGUGAUCCGCGAGUGCCGCCGCUCAUGCCGAACGGGACUUGCGAGCCGGUGAGGGCUGUAAAGCUGAUUGGGCAAGACCAAAAGACCCAGCAUGUCAACUUCGCAGUGACCUGUGAAGGCUGCUUCCCGUUCACUGUCAACACUCCUAAUUCACUCAUCUUCUCACUCCAACCCCAACCGCAAACCCAACGCGACCACUUCACCUUUAUCAUCAACGGCAAAACGCAGUCACUCUCAGACCAGGGCUGGGGCAUCGUCUACGAAGGGGGCUCGAGAAUGCAGGUCCAAGCACCCGACGAAUUCGACGUGAUGCACACCCUCGUCAUGCUCCUGAGGGCCCGCCACGUGGUGGUCGAGGGAGAAUACAGCGAGCUCGGAUCCAUCGACGCCGUCGAGACGUUCCGCGUCGACUUCUUCAUUACCUUGAUCGACGGACACCCGCCAGUCGAGCAGAUCAGUUUCGCCGCCGAAUGGGACGUGCUGCAUAAAGUUGACAAGCACAUCCCGCGGUGGGAGAGCUUGGUCAUGGGGCCGAUGCCGAUCUGGUUCCCUCGCCCGAAAGGCCCGCUGAUCGAUGACGAUACCGACGGGCCUCGACGUCCGUUGGGAUCGGGGCCCCGAGUUCCUAGUCAAAAUGGCCCGAACAGUUUGACGUUCGAUGCAUUUUUGAUGUUUGUGGGCUUUGUAGCAGGUAUAGCGAUUCCGAGACGCCCGAGACGGCGUGGGUAG